GCGGCCACGGCGCAGGCGCGAGCGCGCGAAGAUGGCGGCCGGGUUCAAAACAGUGGAACCGCUGGAGUAUUACAGAAGAUUUCUGAAAGAGAAUUGUCGCCCUGAUGGAAGAGAACUUGGUGAAUUCAGAACCACGACUGUCAAUAUAGGCUCCAUUAGUACUGCAGAUGGUUCUGCUCUAGUGAAGCUGGGAAACACCACGGUCAUUUGUGGAGUGAAAGCAGAAUUUGCAGCACCACCAACAGAUUCCCCUGAUAAAGGAUAUGUUGUUCCUAAUGUGGAUCUACCACCCCUGUGUUCGUCGAGAUUUCGGUCUGGCCCUCCUGGAGAAGAGGCCCAAGUGGCCAGCCAGUUCAUUGCCGAUGUUAUUGAAAAUUCACAGAUAAUUCAGAAAGAAGACUUAUGUAUUUCCCCUGGAAAGCUUGCCUGGGUUCUAUACUGUGAUCUCAUUUGCCUUGAUUAUGAUGGAAACAUUUUGGAUGCCUGUACGUUUGCUUUGUUAGCGGCUUUAAAAAAUGUACAAUUGCCUGAAGUUACUAUUAAUGAAGAAACUGGUUUAGCAGAAGUUAACUUACAGAAAAGAAGUUUCUUGAAUAUCAGAACUCACCCAGUUGCAACUUCCUUUGCUGUGUUUGAUGACACGUUGCUUAUAGUUGACCCUACUGGAGAGGAGGAGCAUCUGGCAACAGGAUCCUUAACAGUUGUAAUGGAUGAGGAUGGCAAGCUCUGUUGUCUUCACAAACCAGGUGGAAGUGGACUGACUGGAGCUAAACUUCAAGACUGUAUGAGCCGAGCAGUUACAAGACAUAAAGAAGUAAAGAAACUAAUGGAUGAAGUAAUUCAGAGUAUCAAACCCAAAUAAACAGCUAUCACAUUUUCAAAAGAUUUGUAAAAAUUGCAGUUGUUAUACUGUGCCAUGCACGAGCCUUUUAUACUGAAUAAAUAUCAAAUUAAACUUCUGAAA